AUGCCCCGCACCAUCCCCAGCUACUGCACGGGCUGGGGGGACCCGCACUACACCACCUUCGACGGGCUCUACUACAGCUACCAGGGCAACUGCACGUACGUGCUGGUGGAGGAGGUCAACCCCACCGUGGACAACUUCGGGGUCUACAUUGACAACUAUCACUGCGAUGUCACCGACCGAGUGUCCUGCCCCCGCACACUCAUCGUGCGCCACGAGAGCCAGGAGGUGCAGCUCAGGACGGUGCAGAUGCUGCCCCUGAAGGUGCAGGUGCAGGUCAACGAGCAGUCCGUGGCGCUGCCCUACAAGAAGUUCGGGCUGCAGGUGUAUGAGUCCGGCUUCAAGUACGUGGUGGACAUCCCCGAGCUGGGCGCCCUCAUCUCCUAUGACGGCCUCUCCUUCUCCAUCAGGCUGCCCUACCGCCUGUUUGGCAACAACACCAAGGGCCAGUGUGGCACGUGCACCAACACCACCUCGGAUGACUGCGUGCUGCCCAGUGGGGAGGUCAUCUCCAACUGCGAGGUCGCAGCUGACCAGUGGGUGGUGGACGACCCCUCCAAGCCGCACUGUCCCCACUCCAGCUUCACCAGCCCGCGUCCGGCCACCAUGACGCCAGUGGGCAGCAGCACCCCCACACCCGAGGACUGUGAUUCUUCCCUCUGCGAGCUCAUCAAGGACAGUUUGUUCACCGAGUGCCACGCCCUGGUGCCCCCCCAGCAGUACUAUGACGCCUGCGUGUUCGACAGCUGUGUGGUACCCAACUCGGGCAUGGAGUGUGCCAGCCUGCAGACCUAUGCCGCCCUCUGUGCUCACGAGGGCGUCUGCAUCGACUGGCGGAACCACACCCAGGGGGCCUGCCCGGUGACUUGCCCGUCUCACAGGGAGUACCGGGCCUGCGGUCCUGCCGAGGAGCCCACCUGCGGGUCCAGCUCCUCGCUGCAAAAUGACACAGGCCUGGUGGAAGGCUGCUUCUGCCCCGAGGGCACCAUCAGCUACGCCCCCGGCUUUGAUGUCUGCGUGGAGUUCUGCGGCUGUGUGGGACCUGAUGACGUGCCCAGAAAGUUUGGGGAGCGCUUUGAGUUCGACUGUAAGGACUGCGUCUGCCUGGAGGGUGGAAGAGGCAUCGUCUGCCAGCCCAGGAAGUGCAGCCAGAAGCCCCUGCCUGAGUGCAAGGAGGACGGCACCUACCUGGUCACGGAGGUCAACCCCGACGACACCUGCUGCACCAUCACCUCCUGCAAGUGCAAUGCCGGCCUCUGCAGAGAGAAGCCCCCUGUGUGCUCGCUGGGAUUCGAGCUGAAGAGCGAGAUGGUCCCCGGAAGGUGCUGCCCCCUCUACUCGUGUGUGCCCAAGAACGUGUGUGUUGUUGGGAAUGCUGAGUACCAG